AUGAGCGGGAGGGCUGUGCACGCAAAGGCCAUUCUCGGCCAGGAACUCUAUGGUCGGCUGUCCCAUACCAAGGUCCUCCUGGUGGGUGCAGGAGGUAUUGGUUGCGAACUUCUCAAGAACAUCGUCCUCACUGGCUUUGGCGACAUUACACUACUCGACCUCGACACUAUAGACCUCUCUAAUCUAAACCGCCAAUUCCUCUUCAGAAAGAAGGACGUGAAGCAGAGCAAAGCCAUGGUGGCAUCCAAGACGGCAUCUGCUUUCAACCCAAAUGUCAAGAUCACGCCGAUACAUGCCAAUAUCAAGGAACCUCAGUUCGACGUUGCCUGGUUCCGUGGCUUUGACAUAGUGCUGAAUGCGCUAGAUAACCUUGAUGCACGACGACACGUCAAUAAGAUGUGCAUGGCGGCCAACGUGCCGCUUGUCGAGUCCGGUACCGCUGGCUACCUCGGUCAAGUACAGCCCAUCCUCAAAGAUAGGGCUGAAUGCUUCGACUGCAUCCCAAAGCCAACGCCGAAGACCUUUCCUGUGUGCACGAUCCGCUCAACGCCGUCGCAACCAAUACACUGCAUCGUGUGGGCGAAGAGCUACCUCAUACCUCAAUUAUUCGGCGAGGACGAAGAUGCGGAUCAGGGCAGUGAGCUGGAUGAGGCUGAGAAACAGGGCGAGAACUCCGCGGAGAUUGCGACGCUACGCAAGGAGGCGCAAGCCUUCAAGUCCGUCCGUGCAGCCCUCCGCUCUACGUCUGCGGACGCAUCGUCGUCCUCCAGCGCGGCCAAGCAGGCCUUCGACAAGGUCUUCCAUUCGGACGUCUUGAAUCUGCUGUCGAUGGGGGACAUGUGGCGGUCGCGCGCACCACCCACCCCGCUCGACUUCGACGCGAUCCGUGCAGGCACGUUCGUCCUCACGCGGAACACGCAAAACGGUGCUUCCGCGCCGCAAACGAACGGCACGACCGGCAGCUCUGCAACGGAGAAGCAGCUGAACGGCAGCAGCACAUCCGUGUCUGCGGAAACUAACGGUGCCAAGUUGAAGGAUCAGCGCGCACUAACGCUGCAGGAUAACCUGGAGCUCUUCGUCGCGAGUGCUGAACGUCUCGCCGCGCGGUUGCGUGCUGGCGAGGAGACGAUCUCGUUCGACAAGGACGACGAAGAUACACUCGACUUCGUCACCGCCGCCGCCAACCUGCGUUCCGCCGCAUACGACAUCCCCGGCAAGAGCCGCUGGGAAGUCAAAGAGAUGGCCGGCAACAUCAUCCCCGCUAUCGCGACAACGAACGCGAUCAUCGCGGGGCUCAUUGUGCUGCAGGCGCUACACCUCCUGCGGCGGUCAUACUCCGCGCUACGCAACGUACACGUACAGUUCAAGCCUAGUAUGCCCCUCAGCGCAAUCACGAUGUGCGCGCCGAAUCCCAUAUGUGGCGUGUGCCGCGACACGUACACGGAGGUGCGCUGCGACCCCGCGCGCGUCACUCUGCGCCAGGUCGUCGACGGGGUCCUUGGGCGUGGGGCUGGCAGUGGGGCCAGUGCGAAUGGGGGCGCGAAUGGGAGCGAGGGCGAGGACGGGAGCGGGGCGGAUGGGGAGGGCGAGCGGGACGGGCCGGCGGAGGUGAGCGUGUAUGAGGACAAGCGCGUGUUGAGUGACCCGGACUGGGACGAGAACGACGGGCGCACGCUGGAGAGUUUGAGCGUCACGCGCGGGAAGUUCUUGUCUAUUGUCGACGAGGACGGCGAGUAUGCGACGAUCCAGGUGGCCAUUGGCGCGCUUCCACCAAACCACCCCGCUGACGGACCCGCGCUCAUCCUGCCCUCACCACUGCCCGCGCCCCCGCGCCGCGAAAAGCCGCGUCCCGUCACCCCUCCACCUGCACCCCCACCCGCGCUGGCAGGGAAGAAGCGCUCCGCGCCGGACGACGAGAUCGAGGAGCUCGACGCGCCGUCCGCGAAGCGGUCGCGCACGGACGCCGGUGCGGGCGGGCUGCCGUUCACCCCGAGCAAGAAGCGGCGGCUGGAGGAGGACGGGCUGAUCAUGCUCGAGAACGAGGGCGAGAAGAUCGAGGAGGACCGCGACCCGGACGUGAUCGAGAUCGACUAAGGGGCCCCCUUCGUCCGAGUGCGUGUGCGUGUAUGUGUUCUGUCGUAUAUUCUUAUCUUGCUGUCGCGAUCGCUCGCAGUACGCUAUGGUUGCUUCAUCUACGUAUGUUCGGUUUCUGUGCUCAUGGCCCUCCUGUGUUGUAUGAGUGCCCCUUCCUAUCAUAUUCCUCGGCGUGGGCGCAUGCGAUGCGAACCUCUAGGACAAACAAUCGUGCGUAGCCUUACUACCAACG